AUGUCAAAGUUUAUGUCCUUAAAAUUUGAUAAUUGCAACCUGGGAAUAAAUAAAAUUCGAUCACAACCUGAUAAAUGCACUAUGUUUACAGGUUUAAGUCUACCAGUAUUAGAAAAGCUGCUGUGUUUCCUGUGCAAAGGAACUGAUGAAAGUUUACUUAAAAGAUUGGAUUCAGCAGAUCAAAUUGUAUUCUGCUUAGUAAAGUUAAGGCACAACAUUAACUUUGAUAUGUUAUCGUUUAUGUUUGGUUUUAAAAAAACUACUGCAUUGAACAAUUUUUGGAAAUGGAUAGAUAUUAUGUAUAUUAAAUUAAAGUUUUUAAUAAAAAUGCAAGAUAGGGAUCAUAUUUACGACACAAUUCCUCCAGUUUUCAAGUGCAAAUUUCCACGAUUAACAUCGAUUAUUGAUUGUUUUGAGGUUUUUAUGGAAUCGCCAUCAUCCCUUAUGGCAAGAGCACAAUUUUACAGCCAAUAUAAAAAGAAUUGCACAAUAAAAUGUCUUAUAUCGUGUACACCUCUUGGAGCUAUCAAUUUUAUUUCUAAGUGCUAUGGAGGUAGAGCUUCAGAUAAUCAAAUUGUCCGUGAAUCAGAAUUCGCAUCUAGCAAGUACCAUAUGCCAGGUGAUCAAAUUUUAGCAGAUAGAGGUUUUACAUUGCAAGAUGAUUUUGCUGCUGAAAGCUGCUCUUUAUUGAUAAACCCAGCUUUUACGAAAGGUAAAGCUCAACUUUCUGCUUCAGAUGUAGAAAAAUCUCGUAAUAUAUCAUCGGUUAGAAUACAUGUUGAAAGAGUUAUUGGACUAUUAAAAAACCGCUAUACAAUUCUUCAAGGUACUUUGCCGCUGCGAACAGUUAAAAACAUUUCUGACGAAGCUACGUCACUUACUCUUUCUAAUUGUGACAAAAUAGUAACCGUAUGCGCUGCUCUAACAAACCUUGGGGAAGGUAUUGUUUACGAUAAAACUCACCUUUUAUCUUAG